ACACACACACACCCCGAAGGCAACCGCAAUGAUGAUGCAACCCUCAAUGAAAUUGAGUUUGACAUCCCUGAUUCAAACAGAAUACUUAAUAGUUAACAUUUUCAUUUAAUUUCUAUUUAUGAUAUAUCACAUUUUCCCACCAGGGACUGAAGGUUAUAUAGAAAGGACUCAUUUUUCCAAUUUUAAUAAUAAGACUUUGAACCCACAAUAUGUGAUCCUGUCUUUUACAUGCAAGAGUUGGGUGACAAUAUCAUUUCUAUACCAAACAUGCAGAUUUUUCAAGGCUGGCAAAGCCAGUAUGGAAUGAAUAAUCAAAAUUUUACAUUAAAAUAGAUUUCUAUAGUAGUUCAGAAUUCUACAAUGAGUGGCAGCAAUUAUCCAAGCUUUUCCAGACCAAUUUUCACAUAUUGUUGAUUGAACCCAACUGCAUUCCAAGUCUGCAUUUUUCUCCAAUUCCAGAAGCCCAAGAAUAACCUAGGAUGAAAAUGACAUAUAUUUAUCAAAAAGAAAAAAGGUGGAAAAUUUAUAUUGCAAGAGUUAGUUAUGAAUGUGGUGAAAGCAAGGAUUGCUUGUCAAGACAGAAAGGCCAGAAAGUAUAGUAAUAAAUAUUACACAUAAUUCUAGUUCCUUUUUCGGAAGCCCUGCCUUGAAUUUUUUUGGCUUGGUAUACUACCUUACUCCUUUUCUGCAACUCCUUUGCUUACCCAAAAAACGAAAUCUGAUAAGUAUGUGAUAUACAUGAACAUUUAAACUACUGUUUCAUAAUUUAUAUCAGAAAAUCGUUCUCUGCACGUCAAUGGGAAGGCAGAUUUGUUAGCUAUUUGGACGAAAAGUGAGUUCAAAGUCACCGCGCUAUUGUUCACCUAAAAGACGGUUGGUUGCUCUCACUGACGUUAAUAUUGCAUCUUAAAGGAAAACGAGCCCCGCUUUACACAUUUUUCUCGCCAGCCAUUGAAUGAAGAGCCCUUUAAAAACAAAAUGGAUAAGACACGCCCACGUCCGCCGGGCGGUCACUUCACAAAUCUUAGGGACCAAUCGGUCUUCGUCUUAGUACGAAGUGAUCGAAGCCGCUGCAGAGAGAGAGAGAGAGAGAGGAAGAGAAAGAUGGAGGCUUUUUCGCAGGGUGCGGCGCCGGUGGAGGGCGACCGGGUGCCGCUGGUUGCCGGCCUUUCCGCCCUGGUUCCCGACAGAUUGCAUCAGCGAGAAGCGGAACGACGAGAGGAGGCAGAGAGAAAGCGACGAGAACGCGACGCGCAGUCGGUUUUAGAAGAGCAGAGCGAUUAUUUCACCGCCUCCUUUGCCCGGGAGCGGGAGACCAUCGAAGCGCUGCUGCGGUCGGAGCCGGCCCAGGGUGCCGAGGCGGCUGUCGAAGCCGUGUCUGAGGCGGCUCGGCGACUGCAGGAUCUGCAGCGGCUGCUGACUGAUUCAGUGCGCUUCUUGGCUCCAUAUGAGGUGCGGCAGGCCCAGGCGGCGCUGAACAAGCUACAGGGCGAGCUCUCCGACAGGCGCCUCCAGCUGAAGCCGAAGAAGCGGUUCGCCUUCACCAAAGCCCUCAAAAAGGACCCUGCCUCGGCUCCGUCCGAGUCUUCCGCUCAGCACCCGCCCCGGGAAAGCUCCGCGGAAGACCAGAAAGAAGCGGCAACCUCCGCUCCGGUGGAUCCAGGUUGCGGCUUCAGCCGGGCCGAGGGACAGACCCUCGAGCUCGGGCCGACCGAUCUGCUGCAGCAGGACGUGGUGCUGUCUCAUCUUAGGCGCUGCCGGGUGCUGUUACGCGGCAACCCCAACACGCUGUUGGUGCGCAACUGCGACGAUUGUACCAUACUGUGCGGACCCGUAUCGACCUCGGCGCGGGUGGAUGGGUGUAGCGGUUGCGUCGUGGCUCUUGCCUGCCAGCAGCUCCGGACUCACCGCGCGACGGAGAUGAACUUCUACGUACAAGUGACUAGCCGAGCGAUGCUGGAGGACUGCUGCGCUGUGCGCUUCGCCCCCUAUUCAUGGGAUUAUGCAGGCAUUGAUGCUGACUUCAAGACUGCUGGGCUUGAUAGAAGCAAGAACAACUGGGAUCAGGUGGACGACUUUAAUUGGCUGGCCAAGGAUCAGGCCUCCCCGAAUUGGUGUGUGAUCCAGGAAAAGGAGCGGAUCACGAAUUGGAAUUGAGUUACAGCCUGCAUUUGUAGAGGAUUUCAAAACAACGGUACUGAAAAAGAGGAGCGACUUUUCAAGGGACAGAAUUAAUGAUGCAUUAAAUAGUCCUGAAUGAUGUUUGGAAACUUUAGGUUGCCAAAACACUUGUCCUGAUAACCUUUAACUAUUUACUUGCUGAUUAUGUGUCCUGUUGGUAAUGUUUAGUAUUGUGUAUGCUGGAGUUCUUUCCAUAGAUCUGCAGUUGUAGCUGUAAGAUUGUUUUUGUCCUCUUAGGAAGAAAACUUGUGGGGCUGAAGAUUUUAACUUCUGUUAAAAUGUUAUCCAGUUAGUAAUUUGCUCACCUAAAUACUGAUUAAAAUUACUGUUAUUUAAA